AUGUCUACAACUCAGUUUUCAUACACCGUACUUGCUCAGCUUGCCAAGAAGAUCAAAGAAACGGGAGUUAAAGAUCACUUCUCCGUUGCUGCACACUCGCGUGUAUUCAAUUUCUUUCUGUCGAAGUCCGUUGCGCCCCCAGACUCUGUCUGGCGUCAGAUCCCGCACAACAAGCGCCACGAUCUCCUCGAAGACCACUAUUCCAGUGCGAGCAACUUCACUUCUUACCUCUCUGAGCAGGGGUUGAAGAAACUCGUCACGAAACGAUGCUCUCAAUGGUUCGAAGAAAUCAAAAGGCACAUGUCAGAGAUUCUCUUCUUGGUGCCAGAGCAAUCAAAAGUGGCCCCGAACAAGAACGACUCAAAGAACAACACGCCCGCUUCUUCUCACUCUCCGGGGAAGCCAGCUAAGCAUUCGGCUAAGAAUACACCCACACCCAAGAGUGCCGAGCCGAAGUCUCUCCUUUCAACCAAGAGAAGAUGCGAAGGGGCUGGGGAACACGAGGAUGAACCCCGUGUUGCAAAGAGAACGAGGCUAGUGGCCCCCAGCCCCGGCCUGCGACAGCAACAGCAACAGCAACAGGAACCACAGCGCUGGCUGUCGGAUGAAGAGGUCGCGCGUGUUGGGCGCCAGCCUCAAGGCAAGAAGUGGAAGUCGCAGAUUGCCCCACUGCGUGUAUAG